AGGAGCAAGUGUUUGGUUAGAACUACUGAGAAGAACUACCACAAUGAUGCCCUCAGUAGCUUUUCUGCUGCUGGCUGCCUGCUACUGUUUCUGUAAGUAUCUACGUUGUUUGCCGUAGUACUUUAUGUACUGAAUAGAACUAUUCCCACAUAAUAUAAAUACUGAAAUACGUAUAUUCAAAUGAUUUUUUAUUUUGAAGUUAAUGGUAUCAAGUCAGUGAUUAUCUAAUUUAAUAUAUAUGAUGUAUCAAUAUAAUUCUUCAAUUUAAGAUAUUAUGCAAAAGAUAGCGUUUAGAGUUCAAACAUACGAGCGAAAGAUACGUCCAUAUUGUGUAUAUCUAUAUUUGCUUUCAUAGUCCUAGAGGGUUAUUCAGUAGUGAGAAUUCAAAAUGGAUUUAAAAUUUAAGACGAAAGUAGCCAAAUUUCUCAUCAAAGAAAUUCUACACUGAUUAAUAAUAUACAGCAAAAAAUUAGUGCAAAAAUUACAUAGUCAAAAAUGAAUAUAAUAAACAUAAUAAUAAAGUGCAAUUAGACUAAAUUAAUAUUGGCAAAAAUGAGAAAUGAAGGAGAUCAUGGUGAUGGAGUAAUGGGAUGAGUACCAAUUAAAAAAAUUGGAUUGGCAAGGAGAACAUAUAAUGAAUUAGCAUGAAUUAAACAAUUUAUUGAAAUAAUAACCAUAAUAGUGCAACUAACAAUCUGUUGAAAUAUAAUAUUUGCUAUACGAAAAAUAUUGCAAAUUUCAACAAUUAUUCACAGAUUAAUUUCACAUGAUAUUAUGUUACUAGCCCUUAGUACAAAACUGCUAGAUGUUUGUGACUAAAAACGGGUUUCCAUGGUCAAUACUUGCAUCCAACAGCUGCAUGCUACUCACAUCUGUGUCCAUUGAUACCGACCACCAUAUAGCCUUUACGUACAUCAAGGAAUAUAUAGAAUAAAUGUCUUUUUUUUUUUAAAUACAGGAUAUGUUGAGAAUUCGCAUUCACUAACGUCGUUUUUUCCUUUACACUUAUAUAAGGCAGGCAUAAAUUGUAGUCGCGUGCGUGUAUAAAUAUAUAUAUAUAUAUAUAUAUAUAUAUAUAUAUAUAUAAAAAGUGAACUUGGCACUCACCCUUUGUUGAAUAUAUCAAAAGAUUACAUAUGCCACAAAAUCUAUGAUGAUCGACGUUUCGACCCACAAAGGGCCUUUUUCAAGAUCUUGAAAAAGGCCCUUUGUGGGUCGAAACGUCGAUCAUCAUAGAUUUUGUGGCAUAUGUAAUUUGCACGUUGGAAUAAAUUUAUCACUUAUUUAAAGACCUGUGAGUGCACCUUCUAUAUAUUUUUCGUAUAUAUAUAUAUAUAUAUAUAUAUAUAUAUAUUGAGCAGGGCCCUCAACCCCUCUGUUCCUGUGCGUCCAUUUGUCUGGUUACAAUUACGUGUCUGUAAGUCCACCCAUUGUACAGCGCUACGGAAUUUGCUGGCGCUAUAUAAAUAAUAUAAUAAUAAUAAUAUAUAUACACAACGUGUUUUACAGCUAUGCUUUAUUAAUAUUCUAGGUACAGUUACAUCAAAUCCCAUUGGCGAUGGUAAUGAUCAGAACCCUGGUGCAGAUAAAAGACUAAAUUGUCUCUCAGAACCUUUGGUAAUAAUCUAUAGAGAUGUUUACAUUUAAGCCAUAACAUAUAUAGUUCAUCUAAAGUGAAUUGUGCUAUAACAAGCAAAUUCUAAUUGUGGUUUUGUUACUACAGAAAAACAAUUUGCAUUUAACUCUUGAAGCUCUGAUGUCUUUGUUGAGUUCCUUUGAAACAUGGAAGGUAAAGAGAUUAUGCUUCAUUCAUUACUAUAAUUAUUUAUGUGCUAUUAUUGAUUCAGAUAUAUAACCAUUUCUUUUUAAUGUCAUUUUGAAGAUAAUUUUUUGUGUUAAAAUUAAAUACAAUUAUAUAUUUAUUUAUUUAUUAGACAGUGGGAGACAAAGCAGGAUUAAUCCAAUCGCUUGAAAACCUAGAGGUACGUUAAUACUUGAAAAGUCCUAGUAAUCUGUGUGUCAUACAGUAAAAUGUACAAAAAUGGAACAAACAUACAUGAGGAUACAUAGAGAGAUUUCAGCUAUCUGCUGACUCUUCCAUUGUUUUUAAGGGAGUGCUGUGCGUAUCUCACAGACUCUUGUUCAACAUUAAAACACAUAAAACGAACGUUCUCAUUUAAAAGAUUUUUUUUAAAUAACACAAGGCAAAAUAUCUAUCUUUAUGUUAGCCAUUUUAGUAUUAUGUUUGUUAAUUCAACAUUUCUCCCAAUAUAUUCCUGUCCAAAAUGUCUCCUUAAAGGGACACUAUAGACACCAAAACAACUUUGAUGAAGCAGUUUUGUUGUAUAGUUCAUGCCCCUGUUGUCUCACCGCUCAAUUCUCUGCCAUUUAGGAGUUAAAUUACUUUGUUGUUUUGAAUGAACAAAAUUUUGCAUGAACAAAAUAGGUUAAUUUUCAAUCAGAUCUUAAACUUACUCCUGCACUGUAAAUUUAACUUUAAUCAUACACAGGAGACUCUAGGCUCUAGCAGGUUAUUAAUAGAGCAGGGGGUAAGACAUUCUAAAUGUGUGAGGCUGUGCAAUAAAGGAAGUUUAAACAUUGGAUGACUCUACAGAAAGUGUUCAGUGAAACUGUGUAGGUUACAGGCAGGUAAGUGUGACUAGGACUGCAUGCACGUAGGAUUUAACUCCCAAAUGGCAGAGAAUUGAACAUUUACACUGCAGGGAUUUAGAAACCAAAACAACUCCAUUAAGCUAAAAAGUGUCAUUUUUUGUCUUCAAUGUAUUACUUAUUUUCAUAUACUGCUCACAUAAAAGUCUUUCAAAUAGAUCCAAAGCCUUGGAUGGCAUAUUUUUUACAUUGUUAAUUAUUAUAAUUCAUAUCACAUCAACAUAUUCUGCAGCACAAAUGAGGUAUGGAAGAAAUAUAUCACAGAACAUAAUUAAAAAUGAAAAAAUAAUGAAGGAAACCCGUGGCUCCCUCAAAUUGAAAAAGGAAUUGGACAUUUAUGCACAUGCACUUGUAUACAAGCACAUGCUCACACGCCCAUAUAUACACUUAUAUAUCAUAAAAUGAAUUCAUAACAAAUUUUAGAAAGUGUAUACACAUUGUCGGGAACAAAGAUGCUCAUCCAGCCCACAAUAAUAUCAUAACAUUUUUUAUUUACUUUUUUUUUUUUUAAUUCUCUUUAUUAAGUUUAUAUAAUAGUCAUCUGAAUCCUGUUGGGUUGUUAUACCUACACUCUUUUUGCAUGUAACCAUUCCGAGUAUGUGUUGGGUAGGAUAGAAAUGUUAAUUAAAACCUAUAUUAACAAACCUAAAUUACAUUCACGGCAAAAUAUUUUUUAUAUUUAAUUUCAGAAUGUGACCGACUGCACUCAAGUAGACCUUCUGGGACCAGGCAUUACUAUAGUAAUUACCCUUUUACAAUGUUCUUUGAAACCAGUGCAAUUGGCGUGUGUUUUAUGUUUUUUUUGUGUUCACGGGAGAUUAUCAACAUGCCUGAAAACCUAAUAAAUUAGCUGAUUUGGAAAGAUUUUUAAAAUUUACUAUUGUCAAUGCUUGUGUGUUGUAGCCUGGUUUUUUACAAAUCAAUUUAUUUAAUUGACUAAACCAGGGGUCCCCAAAAGGUAUUUGCCCAGAUAGUGUAGAACUACAGCUCCUAUGAUGCUUUGCAUACCUUUAGAAUGAGAAAGCAUCAUGGAAAAUGUAGUUUUAAAACAUCUGGGGAUCUACCUUUUUGGGCACACCUGGACUAAACAAUUUGUCCCUAAAAUCUUUCCCUACAAGGUUUUCAUGGGGAGCCAAACUUAUAAGGAGUAUUCAUGUGGAGGGACAUGUAUAAUAAAAUCAGUGAAGAAUAAGGAUAAAUUCAGACUGUGUGUGUGUGUGUGUGUGUGUGUAUUUAAGUAUGUAUGCGUAUAUACUUAUGUUUACUAAGCAUUUUACCUUACACAGUAGUUAAAUAUGUGUUUGGGGAUUUAAUAUCUAUGCAUACACAGAGGAAAGAACGAGCUGCCAAGGAUAGUUAAUUAAUUUUACCUGUCUGUCCAAGUACUAAAUCAUGAGAUAGAAAUUUUCUGUUUACUCCGUAUUAACCUUUAAUAUCUAUUCAGUGCAUAGGGCACUAUUUCCAAAUUCAGAGUAUUUCUAGAUCAUCUGGAUGCAAAGCUAAGAAUUGAAUUAACAGUUGAUCCUUGUAUUUAUUGCACAGAGAUUUUAGUGUUUCUGCCUGGCUAGACCUAUAAUAUAAAAUGUCUGUUUCCCAUCUAUUUCCAACGUUUUAGGAAGAUCUACAAAUUGAUGAAGAAAGUGAAUCCCUGAAAUAUCUGAUAGAGGUGGCAAAACAGGUAAAAAAAACAAACAAACAAACAAACAAACAAACAAACAUAGGUGUAUAGCACAAAUUAAAGAAAUUAAAAAAAAAAAUUUAAGAAAUAAUAGCACCUUACAUAAUCAUAGUUUAAUAAAGCAAUGUAUUUUGGCUCUAUAUUUAUUUUAAAUUUUUUUUUAAAGAAACACUCCAGUCCCCUGAAGUAUUUCAUCUUAUCAAAGUGCUUUGCGGGAUAACAGAAGGCCCCCUCUGUGUAAUAUUCUAAAGAUCCUUAGCUGUCAAUCAGACAGCCAGGAAGAUAUCACUGACUUUGAAUGCUCAUUCAAAGCAGAAGGUAAAACUACUCAGAGAAGCACUGAAAUCAGUGUUAAGAAAAGUUAUAGGGACACUAUAGGCACCCAGGCCACUUCAGCUCAUUGAAAUGGUGUGGGUGCAGUGUCCUAGGUCCCUUAAGCCUGCAAAGCUAAUUAUUGCAGUUUUUAGAAAACUCAAAUAAUUACCUUUGAAGGUUAACUCCACCUCUUGUGGCUGUCUACCAAAAACUCACUACAGACAACUUUUGUAUGUCCUCACUCUAUGCAUGAGGAGAUCCAGGGUCAUGUAGAACCCCCAUAGUAAAGCAUUAUACAUAGUUUCAAAUAGGUAAAGUACUAGUACAAGCGCAGCCAAAGUUGUUUUCCUGACACUAUAGCACCGUAUAGUUCUACACUCCCUCGAGGCAGGGAGGAGCAGAGGCGGAACCUAAACCAGCGCGGAGUGACAUCAGCGCCGGAAUCGGGUAAGUAACCGAAAGGGUUUUUAACCCCUUCUGCACAACCGGGAGGGGGCCGCGGUAGUGGGGGGCCCUAUAAGAAGCUAUAGUGCUAGGAAAAAAUUGUUUUACUGGCACAAUAGUUUCCCUUUAACAAUCAAACUAACACUAUAGGGUCAGGAAUACGCAUUUGUAUUCCUGACCCUAUAAUGUUCCUUUAUUAACAUCACUAUUUGAUUUUAUUUAAAAUGAUUAAGUUCACCCUAACAGACAUAUCUUCAUUUGAUUAUUUUUGUUAUUAUAAUAUUUGAUUUGGAACAAAUAUUUCACUUUAUCAUUAUUUUUGUGUUUUACAAUUACAGAUAAUUCUUUUGGCUACAGCUAAACGUAAAGUAAUGGUAAGAAUUCUCAUGACAGUUUCAACAUUUUUUAAAUCACUGUACCAAAAGUAUUGAAUUUUUUUAUUCCACAUGUCCCAGUGUUGCCCGAGAUUACUGGGACCAAUAGUACCAGGAGCCAUGAUUUCCGUGACUGCCAUUAAAAUGGCAUGUAUAACUACUAUUAAGCUUAUGACAUGUGCACGGCAAUAGUUUUCAUUUCGACAAAUUUAUUCGUUCUGAAAAAUGUUUUUUUCUGUCAAAGAGCAUCCGAAGUUCGAUCACAUGUCUAUUAAGUUUGUCCAAAAUUUGUUAAAACAUUUUGUUAAUUUAAAGAAUUUCAUUCAUCUGUUCUCUCUGGGGAUGAAUGAAUCAUCAAUGCAAAAUGAAAGUAAAAUAUUUAUAAAAAAUAAAAAUUUUUUUAAAAAGCAUACUUUUAAUGUGAGCCACGUAAUAGAUGCUCUUGUACACAAAUAAAAAGGAAGACAAACUGAAGAUCAGGGAAACAUUAUACUGUCAGUGUACAGACAUUCAGCCGAUAAACAACACAUCCUAAAGGCUGCCUGAAGGUGGUGGUAUAAAUAGCUUAGGAUCCACUAUCUGUCUUAUCCCUAGAGCUUUAUCAAGGUUUCAUAGGGCGUGAGAACUCUGGUACAUUAAUAAGAAUUCCACUCCAGAAAGAAACAAAGUAGAAAUGAUAAUUUAUUAUUAUGCUGCAUCAAACUGCAAUAUAAUUUGACUGCAAUGUAUCUGUUUGUAAUGCAAUCAAAGGUAAAGACAUGUGCGCUAUGACUGAAUGUACAAAUGGUGUUGAAGUAAUUUGUUCAGUGAUCUAUUCGGUCAUUUGGUCAUUCAUUUAUAUAGUAAUCCAAUACUCAUUUCCAGACAAAAUGUACAAAAAAAAACCAACAUUUUAGUUUAUUUUGCCAUUUGGUCUAAAAAGGAAUGCAACUAUAUACCAGACUGCAUAAAACAAGGUAUUUCUUAAUUGUAAGUACACCAAUGUAAUUUCCCACCUUGAAUGAAAUGGUAUUUAAUAUUAAGCUAAGGUUUGUAAAAUUGUCUCUCUACCUGGCUCAUAGUAGAGCCACGUACUAACAACCUCACCUGACAUUGUGCCUCCAGCUGAUCACCAUGCUAAUCAGUGCUGGAUUUACAUAAUAGGUGCCUAUAGCCACAUAAUUCUACGCCCUCCUCCCCCUGUUCCCUCUCCCCUGGAUAUUUCAGUAUUUCACUCAAUAUAGUUGUAAUCAAAAUUGUUCAGCCCUGAAAAGUUGAGGGUCAUAUUUGACUGCAUGUUAGAAAUAUGGCUAAGUCAACAGAGUGGUCCAGUUAAGAGAGCAUUGCCUUUCACACACAAGGAACAGCAUACAAAAAGAGAGCAAAGGCAGUGAAUGUUUCUAGAGACACCGUUGGAAGCAUAGUUUGUAAGUUUAAAGUUCAAAGAACAAUGGUUACACUACUUGGACGGGGCAGAAAGAGGAAGCUAUAAGUGGCUACAACCAGAUUUCUGAGAAGGUAGGUUGUGAAAAACCCAUGAGUGACCGCAAAUGACCUGCAGCAAGAUUUGGUGGCAACAGGCACUGAGGUUUCAGUGAGCACAGCAAGGCACGCACUAAACACAGAAGGUUUCAGUGCCAGAACUAAAAGAUAUACACCACUACUGACCCAAAAGCACAAGAAAAGUCUGCUUCAAUAUGCUCAGAAUGAUAUAAAUACGCCACAGAAGUUUUGGGAUUCUGUUCUGUGGAGUGAUGAAACAAACCUGUAACUGGAAGAAGAAUGAAGAAAACUCUGAACACUCUGCCUACAGUUAAGCAUGGUGGUGGCUCGGUGAUGCUCUGGGGCUGCUUUGCAUCCUCUGGCAUUGAAAACCUACACCAUGUGGAGGGCAAGAUAGAAGCACUGAAGUAUCAGGAAAUCCUAAUAGAAAAUAUCAUGCUGUCUGUGAGGAAGCUUAAACUUGGGAGUCAUUGGACCUUCCAACAAGACAAUGAUCCCAUGCAUAUUCCACCAAGUUUUGGUUGCAGAAGAAGUCCUAAAAAAUUAUACAGUGGCCAUCACAGUCACCUUAUUUAAACCCCAUAGAAAAUCUUUGGUGGCAUUUGAAGAAGGAGGUUACAGCAAGUAAACACAAGAAUAUUUAUCAACUGGAUUGAUCAUGAGUAGUUGGCUAAAUUUCUGCAGGAACACUAUAAGUUGCAUUUUCAGUUGAAUUUGGGGAAACCACUUAAAGCAUUCAUUGUGUUGAGCUAUUUAAAUGUUUUAUUUUAUUUUUUGUUUUUUAUUUGUACAUUGCAAACAGCUGAAAGUCUGUAAAUUAUGGCAAUAAACCUGAUUUUCAAUGGGGGUUGAAUAAUUUUGAUUACAACUGUGUGUUUGUGUGUGUGUGUGUGUGUGUGUGUGUGUGUGUGUGUGUGUGUGUGUGUGUGUGUGUAUUUAUAUAUAUAUAAAUACACACACACACACACACACAUAUCAAUGUCAUAUGUUUUUAUGUAUAUUUCUGCUUGUAGGGCAUUGUUUUGAAUUGGUCAGUAAAGUGAGGGAAUGAAACUGUGUAAAUGCAUGCAGUGUUAAAAAAAAUGUUAGAAGUGGUUAGGGUAAGUGUAAAGAGUGGUAAUUACAGAGUUAUCUUACAUAGAGUGUUAGAAGCUUGAUAAAGUUUACAGUUGUGAUAUAAUGAGUGUUUAGUAUUAUUGGGUAUAGGGUUAGUAGGGAUAAAUAUUAUUGGGGUGCUCGGGGACUAAGAAAGGGUUUGUUUAGGUUUUGAGAGGGAGUAAAUUUGGUGUUAGGAAAGAAAAUGUUUAGGGCAUGUGGAAUUUGAUAGAUUUUUUUAAUUUUAUUUUUUUAAGUACUCAUCGUCCUAUGUUUUCUAUAGACCAGCCAGCCUCCUAUGAUUAACAGCAGAGGUACAGUAGCUGUUAUACAGUAUGCAUCACUGAGUGCUGUCACUGCUCCCCUGCAAGGCAUUUCCUGUGUUAGGGGGGUUGUAAACACACACACACGCACUCACACACACACACACACACACACACACAAAGAGUAGGGACAGCACUAAGUUUUACACACUAAAACGGUCCCUGCACUGCAGCUCUGCUAUCUGUCAUAGAAGGCUGAAUUAUCAUCUUUAAGAGUUCUACAAUGUCUAACUGUACUGUGAAACUAACUGAAGGAAAAAUGAAAAAAUGUUGCAAUGUGUGGAAAAAAACAACCCAUGUUUUACAUUUUAGGAUUUCAUCAUUUCCCAUCAGCAUCAUAAUGAUGGAACAACUAAAGGAGCAGAAGGAAACCAUCGUCAUAGACGUCAUAUUUUAGAGCUGGCAUCUGGGCUUUUAGGAACAGCAGGUGGUCUUGGUACAACUGUAAGAGGGGCUGGGCAACUAACAGAGGGGCUUGGAGGAAUUGUUUCAGGAGUACCAGCAAUUACUCAGUUAGUUUUAGGACUGGCAGGUGCAAGUAAUCUUCUUAGCCCGCUACUAGGUGGAGGUGGACUACUUGGAGGGGCACUCGGUGGGUUAGGCAAUCCUGCUGGAUUACCUGGAGGAGCACUCGGUGGGUUAGGAAAUCUUGCUGGAUUACCUGGAGGAGCACUCGGUGGGUUAGGAAAUCUUGCUGGAUUACCUGGAGGAGCACUCGGUGGGUUAGGAAAUCUUGCUGGAUUACCUGGAGGAGUACUCGGUGGGUUAGGAAAUCUUGCUGGAUUACCUGGAGGAGUACUCAGUGGGUUAGGAAAUCUUGCUGGAUUACCUGGAGGAGUACUCGGUGGGUCUAGCAUUUGUGGAUUACUUGGAGGAGCACUCGGUGGGCUAGUGAAUCCUGCUGGAUUACCUGGAGGAGUACUCGGUGGGCUAGUGAAUCCUGCUGGAUUACCUGGAGUACUCGGCAUUAGUGGAUUGCUUGGAAGAUUACUCGGUGGAUUUGGCAAUAGUGGAUUGCUUGGAGGAACACUCAGUGAGCCUGUGACUGCUGCAUUACUUGGAGGAGCAUCAGGUGGGCCUGUGUCUGGUGGAUUACCUGGAGGAGUAACCGGAGCACUCAACACAUUAACCGGAGGUGGCGGGGCUGGCAAAACUUCAAACCUAUUAUCUGGGCUUUUUGGUUAAUAGAAAAGGUAAUAUAUUUUUUUUUAUUUGUUCUGCCAUUUUAUGGAUAUUUGUCAUUAUCUUCUUAUUCUCCAGUACAUGUGUUCUUUACACAGAUGUAGGAUGCCUUCUCCCCAGAAUACAAAUGUUUUGUUGCAUUACUAGUCAAAGCAUGCCAAACCCAGACAAAAUAUAUAUGAUAGAAACAUUUAAAUAUAUAAAGGGAAUCAACACAGUAAAGGAGGAGACUAUAUUUAAAAGAAGAAAAACUACCACAACAAGAGAACAUAGUCUUAAAUUAGAGGGACAAAGGUUUAAAAAUAAUAUCAGGAAGUAUUACUUUACUGAGAGGGUAGUGGAUGCAUGGAAUAGCCUUCCAGCUGAAGUGGUAGAGGUUAACACAGUAAAGGAGUUUAAGCAUGCGUGGGAUAGGCAUAAGGCUAUCCUAACUAUAAGAUAAGGCUAGGGACUAAUGAAAGUAUUUAGAAAAUUGGGCAGACUAGAUGGGCCGAAUGGUUCUUAUCUGCCGUCACAUUCUAUGUUUCUAUGUUUCUAUAAUGUUUAAAAAAAACUCCACAAAUUAGAAACAUGAGAAUAAAAUGAUUAUUACUUGAGGACUUUUCACAUUAGUGCACAAUAUGUGAAAUACUCUUUAAAAGAAGCACAUUAAUGGUUGCAGUGUGCAACGGCAACUGAUUCUUUGGUUUAGAGGCUCAGACAGUGUCGGAAUUAGUCUAUUAAACUGUAUUGUCUGAAUUUGCAGCUGUGCUCUUUUGCAAUAAAUAUCUUUUAUAGAUAUAGGUUGGACACAGGGCAUCACUACUGCAUGCACAAUGGCAUGAGGGCUUACCAGAAUUGAGGGACGGCAGUCUAAAUUGGGGAGGCAGAGGGUAAACUGGCAGGGGGAUGUAUGGUCCCGUGACAAUAGAGGAAGUUAUUUGGCAGUACCAAGAACAUUUUGGGGGAAUUAAAGGUUAAUUGGCUGGAGUGAUAGGGGGUCAAAAUAAAUCUUGCACCCUUUGCUCUUUAGUUCAACUGCUGGUUGGAAAUAAAUAUUUCUCAGUUUCCCAGAUCACCAGAAAAGCUGGAAUAAAACCACAUCAAUUUUUAUAUGUAAUAUCUAAUAAUCUAAUAUCUCCAUCUAUAACACCAUACCUGCCUGUCAUAUCAGUCCACUUAAAGGGAAACUAUAGUGCCAGGAAAACAAACUGAUCUGAGUUAGCAAACUAUAGGUGACAAUAGAAGAGUUCUCGAAAUUCUAACCUUGUUGCACUGGAAAUUUUUAUUUACUUCAGCUACUUUAGACUCAUUUCUUGAUUUGGGUAUAAACUAGCCACGAUUAAUUGUUUAAUUAAUAAUCCACUAACUCACAAUACUUAUAGAUGGGAUUAUUUCUAAAGCUUCUUUCACAGUAUUAACUGUACUUUUUCAUUGUUCUUUUCAGAAAACGUCUUUGUGAAAAUCAAUCCUGAAAAUCAGUGAAAGCGGAUUGAAUUCAAAAUAUGUACCUUUUAGUAUAAUUUCUAUUUCUUUCAAAUAUUUUUCUGCUAAAUGUUAAUGCUAUCAUACUAUAUGUAGCUCAUAUUCUGGAUCAUAAAUAAAAUAAAACUG